AUGGUACUCCUCACCACAACGCCCUGCAUUCUCGCCGCCAUCUCCUCUCUCUCAUACUCCGAACGGUCCUCACUCGACGGACUACCCACAGCGUCUGGAGCACCUAUAGAACACAAAACGGUUAUAGCACUCUCACACCUUGCGAAAGGGUUCACUCUCAACACCCUUUUGAGAGGGACGUGUGUCCAUGUUUUCCCCCCGCCCCCGAAACCGCAGCCUUCCCCAGAGUAUGUUGCCCUCAUGGAACGACUACGCAAAGAGCAAGAACAGCGAGAGUACGCUGCACUGGUUUCAAAACGAGCGUUAGAACAGGGUCCAGACGAAGAAAAGGACGAUAUCAGCCCUUCUUUGGUUUUCAACAUCUUGCUCAGCAUUGUCAUGUGUGCAGGGGCCAUGUUCUAUUUAACCAGAUGGUGGCCGAAUGAUGGCUCGAGAGUCCUCGUAUCUUUGUCCACUGGUCUUGUGGUCGGAAUUGCUGAAGCCACGGUGUAUGCGGGAUAUCUGAGAAAGGUUAGGCUGAGUAGGGAGAAAGAGAGGGCCAAACGCGAGAAGAAAGAGUUUAUUGGCGAAUACCGAGGCGAGCCUGUCGAUGAUACCCUUUUAUCCACUUCUACGGAGAAUGAAAAGAUAUGGGGCCGAGGCGUCAACGGCGGUAUGAGAAGGCGAGUAAGAGAGAAGUGGGAGAAGAAGCACGAGAAGGUUGAAACUUGA